AUGCCGUUCUUUUUCCCUAAGAAGCAUAAGCAUCAUAAGAUCACUCUUUAUUUGAUGCUGGCCGAGUUUCCGAUCACUAUUGUCAUGCUCACUUUGACUGGUAUUGCUUCACAUAAUCUAUACCGGACAUUACUAUGGCAAGACGGUGCAGACAAUGGGUUCAACAGCGCUCCAAACGAGGCGCUCUACGCAGCAUCAAAUUAUAGGCCAUACACCACCCCGAUGGUAUGGUCUGGAUUCAUUACCAACUACAACCUUGUCCUCGGAGUGCUAAGCACAUUCUUCCUGAUCGUUAAGCUGCCUGUCCACUGGAUGAACCUACUCUACCCUCCUGUCGCAACUGGCAUCCAUCUGUCCCUCAUCGUCCUCUACAUCGUGGCAGCUCGGUUCCAAGGUGGCUCUGACAUGUCGGAUCCAAGUCACCCCCAACCAGGAGCGCCAUGGUACAUUGCGAAGAGUUGCAGUGUGGCCGCUCAUAAAUCCAAUAUCCCAUACUGUAUGCAAGCGAAAGCGCUGUUCGCCAUUACGGUCAUCAUCAUUAUUUACUACUGCGUGAUCCUCGGCUUCAAUAUUCAUUCGUGCUUCAUCACACGCGAGGAACGUGAGGAGGUUCUGGAACGCAGGGAGGAGCGCCGAAUCGAAAAGGAGUUCGAAGAAGAGAUCAUGAAGUCUCCAAGCAUGAUCCCCAUGACUCCGGGCUCCAUGCCCCGAGGCCCAGGCAUGGUCCCUCGCACCCCUGGUAUCCCGCCAAUGGCGGUCGGAGGAAACAUCUCGCCAUUUGCUCCGCGCCAUCUGGCUUUCAACCGUCUUGGGAAUGGAAGCACUUCCUCAGACUUGCCCCUGCGAAACAAUUCUCAGUCCCACGACCAAUAUCCAUCGCCGCCCCUACAGUCGCAGGCAGUGAGCCCGGAGAGUCAGGUCGGUUCACCGAUGUAUUUCCCACCUCCACCGAAGAAGGCUAAGACUUGA